AUUAAAAUUAUGAUCACAAAAACUGACCGAUUAGUUUUCUUUGGUUGUUCAAUCGCCUUGAUUCUCUACCUUGAAUUCAACGGGCAGCGAGCUUUGAAUUGCACUCAACAUGCGCAGUAGAGGCUGUUUCAGUGUGCAUCUGUGCAGAACGGUGAAUAGAUAGGAAGUGUUGAGCAUAUUUGAUGCUGGCCGGAACACUUCUGUAAAUUUACAGUAUACGUUACUCUCUUCGUUUCAAAAAGGUUGGUACGGGUCUGAUAUGUGUGGGCGAACUGCUUGCACCCUAGCGCCGGAUGAGAUUAGCCGGGCCUCUAAGUACCAGGACCGUGCCGGCCGGAGACACAGGCCACAGUGGAGGGACGGAGACCCAGACAAGUAUAGGCCAUCCUACAACAAGAGUCCCCAGUCCAACAGUCCAGUGUUGCUGUCCCGCAAGCACUUUGACAAGGAAGCUCCAGUUGAUGAAUGUGUCCUAGCUGCAAUGCGUUGGGGUCUUGUGCCAUACUGGUUCCGAGAGAAUGACCCAAACAAGAUGCAAUACAGCACCAACAACUGCCGCAGUGAGAGCCUGCUGGAGAAAAAGUCCUACAAGGACCCCCUGCUGAAAGGCCAGCGCUGUGUCAUCCUGGCAGAUGGAUUCUAUGAAUGGAAGCGGGAAAAUGGCAAGCAGCCCUUCUUCAUCUACUUCCCUCAGAGCCAAGUCCAGGGGCCCCUUGGGACCACAGAGGGCCAGGUGGUAGGGACAUCAUGUCAGGACUCAAAAAACCAGGGGUCCGAGGAAGGGGCAUCAGGCCACGCUAAGGAGGAGGACAGUGAAUGGACAGGCUGGAGAUUACUGACCAUUGCAGGGCUUUUUGAUUGCUGGAAGCCCCCUGGUGGUGGAGAGGCGCUUUACACCUAUACUGUCAUUACAGUGAAUUCAUCUCCGAGCUUGCAAAGCAUCCAUGACCGGAUGCCAGCAGUCCUAGAUGGUGAGGAGGAGGUAAGGCGUUGGCUGGAUUUUGGGGAGGUCCGGUCAUUAGAUGCCCUCAAAUUACUGAAGUCCAAGGACACCCUGACCUUUCACCCUGUCUCAUCGUUUGUCAACAAUUCGCGCAAUAACUCCCCCGAGUGCCUUCAACCUCUGGAACCUGGCAAUAACAAGGAGCUGCGUCCAUCAGCUAGUAGUAAGCUGAUGAUGAGCUGGUUGCAGAAUGCCACACCUCGUAAGAGGAAGGAGCCAGAGGAGGAUGCCAAAGACAAGGGUGCCCUGGGAGAGGUGAAAGACGAGCAUGGCAAGUCGACCAAGGGAGUGGGACCUCUACAGAAAUGGCUGCUAAAUUCCAACAAAAGACCCAGGAAUACUUAAGUGGGAAGGAUUUAAAGUUAAAUGCUUUCAUUUAUAAAUAUAUGUGUUCUUGCCACGUUUACAUGUUAGUAGCUUUGUUUUCUCGUAUGCCUGACUCAAAUACAAAGUGUAGGCCUACUUACGCAAUUCAUAAAAUUAAAAAAUGUACAUGUGUACACACACAUGCACACACAAUUUCGAGAA